AUGACUGAAGAAAAGAAACGCGGAAGAGGACGACCAAAGAAAACUGAUAUUCAAGCCUCUCAGUCAGAGGGAGAGCUCGAGUCCAACAAUACCGAGCGACGUGGACGAGGAAGACCAAGGAAGUCAGAUGGUCCAGGAAAGCCAAGAAGAAGCUCAACUCCAGUAUCGCGAUCUUCGAGCCGGGCCCCAAAGCGCGCCCCAAAGCGCAAGUCUGCGCCGGCGGACCAUGAUGCUCCAAAGCGAGUCCUUCGACAGCGAGAAGCCGACAAGAUCGUCGAAAUCGUGGACGAGAGGAAGUCGCGCGGCAACGUCCAAUUCAAAGUCGUCUGGGGCGAUGAGAACAAAUCUCCAAGUUGGGAGCCAGAAGAUAAAAUUCCAGAAGAGCUGAUCGAAGCCUUCCGAGAAGAGCCCGACUCCGAUAUCGAGUACGAAGUCGAGAAAAUACUCGAUACGCGCAAAAUGAAAGGCUCGAUCGAGUAUCUCGUACGAUGGGCUGGAUUCACCAGUGAACACGAUACAUGGGAGCCAGAGGCGAACAUGCCGAAGAAAAAGGUGAAGGAGUUCAAAAAACGACAAAACAACUCUGACGAAGAAGCAGACUCCGACGAUCCAGACAAGGAAUAUAUGGUCGAGAAAAUCAUCAUGCGCAAAGGAGUUGGAAAGCGACGCCUCUACCGCGUGCGCUGGCUAGGUUACAGCGACAAACACAACUCUUGGGAACCCGAGGAAAACCUGGCUGGCGCGAAGAGAAUGCUUCGCGAAUUCAAUAAGGUCCAAGAUGAGCGCGAGGCGAAGCAGGCCGAAAAAGAGUACGAGGUAGAGAAAAUCGUCGACGAGAAGCUCAUGUACAAGCGACCACACUUCCUAGUCAAGUGGAAAAACUACCAUUCUGGACACAACACAUGGCAAGACGAGAAAUCGCUUGCCGACUGCCAAGACGCGCUGGAGAAGUGGGCAAUCACCAAAGAGAAGCGCGUGGUUAGAAAGAAGGAGAACGCCGAACGUCGAGAGAAGAAGAAAAUCGAGGAGAAAGCGAAACGCGAAGAAUCAAAACUCGCCAAAGCUGCUGAAAAGGCAGCGAAGAAAUCCAAGACCACCACUGCCUAA